AUGGAGCAGCUGAAGGAAAUACUGAAAAAUAAAAAGAAUCCAUUAAAGAGGGCAGAAUCACUGAAUAUAAUAUUAGAGAGUGAAGAGUGUGAAGGGAUAUCACUUGUACCAAGCACAGCAAAUUUUCAGAUACCGGAAGUAUUUCUAUCCACUAAGAUAUUACCAGAGUGUGAGACGUACUUCAUACAAGAAAGAAGCAGGAUAAGUCCAGUGCAAGUUGAAGAGUGGAAUAAUCGUGUAGACAGUGUGAUUGAUGAACUAUCAGUUGAAUUUACCAUAUCUAAUCCUGUACACACAAAGCACAUACCAAGUGACCAUGAAGUCAUUGAAGCAGUAAAGGAAGUACUUGGGUAUACAGAAUAACCCAGCAUAUAGCAAGAGAAGGAAUAAGAGAAGGAAUAAAAUAAAUAAAGUAUAAAAA